UCUGACACCGUUCAUGUCGCAGGCAGCCUCAUGGCUCAGGCACACCCCCUGCCACAUGGAACUGGCGUCCCCAAAAGGAGAGAGAUAUGAGAUAUGAGCCAGCCUGGUCUGGCUUUUCUUCUUUGUCUAGUGCUGGUCCUAGAAGGUAUGUAGAGGAACCCGUCUCCCUCAGUCCCCCAGGCUGGGAUCAAUGCUAGUUUCUUUUGCCAUUCAUUUGUUAAUUUCUGUACCGCUUCAUGCCAAAGUUUUAGGCUUCUAAGUGGGAGGUUGCAAGAGGAUCUGGCAGGUGGUGGUGGUGGGGUCAUUGGUGGUGGUUGUGUUUGCCGUUGCCUUCCAUUCAAACUCUGAUUUUGCCCCUUGCCUUCCAGCAGGUACUAGUGGGAAUUUCCUCAAGCCUCUCAGUGAGUAAAAGUGCUUCUUCUUUUGAUUCCUCCCCUAUCUCUCCUCCUUUCUUCUGACCCUGAAGUGCUGCUCUCAAAAAAGAGAGAGAUCAAGGGGCUCCCUCCUGAGGCAACAACUAGAACCACAGCCUCAAGAAGUCCAACACUUAAAAGCAAGUGCUGGAAGAAUUUGUGUCCCUCCAAAUGUGUCCCAUCGUCCCCUGGACAAUUGACCAGGCUGGCAGGGGCUGAUGGGAGUUGGAGUCCAACAGCAUCAGGAAAGCCACAGGUCCCCCCCCCGGCUUACAAUGUCCCCCCCCCCCUUGUCUUGCCUGCACUUUCCCAAGUUUCCCUUCACAGCCAUAAGAACUAAAGCAGGGAUAGGCAACCUAAGGCCCAGGGGCCAGAUGCGGAUCAAUCACCUUCUCAAUCCACCCCACGGACGGUCUGGGAAUCAGUGUGUUUUUACAUGAGUAGAAUGUGUCCUUUUAUUUAAAAUGCAUCUCUGGGUUAUUUGUGGGGCCUACCUGGUGUUUUUUACAUGAGUAGAAUGUGUGCUUUUAUUUAAAAUGCAUCUCUGGGUUAUUUGUGGGGCAUAGGAAUUCGUUCAUUUUUUCCCCUUCAAAAUAUAGUCCGGCCCACCACAUGGUCUGAGGGACGGUGAACCGACCCACAGCUAGAAAAGGUUGCUGACCCCUGAACGAAAGGCUUGGCACCGAUUCAAUUUGUUCCAGUUGUAGCCAAGCCUGAUGCUUUCAGGAUACUCAAAUUUCACAUUCAAUACCAAUUUUGUGUGGUGUGAUUGUAAAAGCCCUGCUUGGCAGCUAAGUGUUUUUUGAUAAAAUAUGAGGACUACAACUCCCAUCAUCCCUACCCACUGGCUGUACUUACUGGGGCCGAUGGGAGGGCCAAAGAUUCCCUACUCCUGACUGAGGAGGCUGAAUGCCUUCUUUCUGCAUAUCCAGCAGGGCUGGCCCUCUCAAUAGACACAGAGUGAGGCAAUCACCUCAGGCAGCUGACGCUGGGUAUCAGGAAAGGAAUUGGCAAAUUAUUUAACAUAUUAUUAUUGUGGGAUCCUCCGGGUGAUUCAUUUAUUGAGCGUUCAUCCUGAUUUGCCCACACUGUGUGAACAUGUGUAUUGAAUGCUGAACUUGGGUGCAUUUUUGGUGUGUUGCACACAUGACAUUUGUAGAAUCGUAGAAUUGUAGAGUUGGAAAGGACCAACUCACUGCAAUGCAGGACUCAUCCAUGACAGAUGGCCACCCAACCUCUGCUUAAAAACUUCCAGUGAAGGAGAUUUAUUGUUUAUUUAUUGUCAUGGGAAUUAUGGGGGGGGGGGGUCCCAACGUACCAGUGUGGUGGAGCUGUAGGUCAUUUAUUUGUGAGAGGUGGCAGGACAGAAGCAACCUUAAAACGGGUUGCUUGAACGAAUCUCUGUCUCUUUUCUAGCAUGCCAACAGGACUCUUCCUUUCAGAAAAAAUGUGGUGGCGAAGCAGAAAGUUUCUACCCUCACCAGUGCCAGCAGAAGAAAUGCUGUUAUAAUAACCACACCUGCUACUACCAUGCUGUUGAUGGUAAGGACGAGCAAAGUUUCGUGGCAAUUAGCUUACAUAGCAUAAGUAAAGGCAACUCCCGCUCACUGGUUGCACGUUUUUCUUCAAAGUGAACAUGUCUCUUUUCAGGGAGGGCCUGUAUCACAAGGGCAGCAUCUGCACUACAAACCAUUCCUGUAUAAUUGUCAUGGUUUCCCUCUGCCCCCGCCCCAAAAGGACUUUGGGAACUGGAAUUGGAUGGAGGUGCUGGCAAUGCUCUUGCAUUAGCCCCUCUUGCAGAACCAGGGCGUCCUGGGGAGAGAGAAUGACUGUCGAGCCAGUGCGAGUCUGUGGCAUAAAUAAUAUUCUCCUUCCCUUGGCAAGCAGAGACUUCUUGUCGCAGGCACCUGUUGGACAGCGCCUGGGACAUCACGGAUGACAGGAACAAAUGUCUUUCCUCACACAUGUCUGUGCCACGUUGUGCCUGAUAUGAGCGCUCAGUCUGCUGAAUCCAUGCUUGGUUGCAAUAAUGGACUGGAUGAGGGCCAAUACACUGAAGCUUAAUCCAGACAAGACUGAGAUACUGUUGGUGGUGACCAGUUGAGUGGUGUGCAGAUUGCUCUAGAUGGGGUCACACUCCUUCUGAAGGGGCCAAUUUGUGGUUUGGGGGUUCUCCUGGGCUCACUGCUUUCACUUGAGGUAACAGGUGGACUCAGUGGGACAGAAUGCCUUCUGUCAGCUUGGGCCAGUGGCCCAUUUACAACUUUUAUCAGGACAGGGAUAACUGUUUUUGAGCUUUAAAGCCCUUUCUGGCUCAGGAUCCCAAUGCCUUCUGCAACACUCCUUGCCCCAAUAUGAACCUAUUUGGACCCUUAAAACUACAUCUCAGAUGCCUCUCCAGGUCCCCCCUCUGAGGGAGGCUCAGGGGGUGGUGACAAGGGAGAGGGCCUUUUCAGCUGUGGCUCCCUAUCUGAGGGAUGAGCUCCCCAGCAAAGUCCACCUGAUGCCUUCACUGACAUCUUUACAAUGGCAUGUGAGGUAAAGACUUAUCUUGCCCCCUCCCAAGGCUCUUGAUAGACUAAGACUAUAUUGUUUGUUAUUAGUAUGCUGCCAAAGCCACAGUGGCUGUUACAGGGGUUGUUGUUUUUUGUUCUGUUUUAUGGUGCAAUAUAUCUAUUUGUUUCUAACAGUGCCGUAAGUCCUUUGAAAACUAGAGUGAAGUUUAUGCUGACAACUGUCAGGGCAAAUUGCAUUUUAACGGCUGCUUCUGUGUAAAUGUGUUUAUUGUUUUUUACUAGUUUGUCAUUAUUACUGUACUUUCUUCACAUCAUGAUGUUUUUAAAUGUCUGAAGCCACCUUGAAUCCCAUCUUGGAAGAAAGGUGGGAUAUAAAUACAUAUAAUAAUAAUAAUAAUAAUAAUAAUAAUAAUAAUGUCAUUUGGAGACCUUUGGGUAACAAGCGACUAACAAAUAUUUUAUUAUAAUUGUAAUUAUUAUAUUUUUUUCUGGGGAGACACACAGGCGAGCUAAAACUAACAGCACAAUCCUAUCCAUGUUUACUCAAAAUAAGACUCAUGGUGUCCAGUUUGCUUAGGACUGCUGCCAGCAAAGCUCUUUUCAUUCAGGCUGAGUACAUUUUACUGGCUUACAACACUGUAUGUACACGGCUUCACAUACCAAUGGCGGGAGUGGACUGACUGCAGAGCACACAGCCUCGUUCUAAGUGGAUACAAUGAAUGUCUGAGGGAAUAUCCGGCUGUGCCCCCAAGCUGUGCCCAUUUGUUUCAACAUCUGCCGAUAACAGCAGCUGCAAUCGUUUUGGGAUGGGAGCAUCUCCCUAGAACAGGGAUUCCCAAACUGUGACACCUGGCCCCCUGUGUUUCCAUGGCCUUUGUUCAGGAGGUCUGCAGCCUGUCUGUAAAAAUACUAGUGAAAACCAUACAGCAUUUAACACAGCACAUCACAAUGGCUGCAACAGGCAGGGGGAAAAAACAUUAAGUGUUCCACCAAGACGCUCGAAAAAUUUCAAGCGGUCCAGUCCGUGAGGCAGGGAAGCUUGGGAACCAGCUCUCUAGAAGAUGUUCUAACAUCAUGUGUAGGUAAACCACUUAGAGGUCUUUUUGCUUUAGUAAGCAUUUUAUAGAUUUUGAUAAGUAGCCUGUGGGGUAUGGUGCAAAAAACUAACCACAAAACUGGGAAAGCCCCACCCACCUGGAGAAAAGAAGGGGGAACUCCAGAUGCUUGGAAUAGGAUUUGUUUAUUAUUAUGAUUAUUUUACUAUUAGACCGUCUGCCAUUAUGUUUUCUGUUAUGUUUUGAUCAUUGAUGUUCUGUAAUGUGUUUUUAAUGUUGUACACCACCCUGGGAUCUUCUGAUAAAGGGCUGUAUAUAAACAGAAAUAAUAAUAAUAAUAAUAAUAAUAAUAAUAAUAAUAAUAAUAAUAUUCAGGCCCUAACUGCCAGUUUCAACACUCUGUCCUCCAUCCAGGCAAGCGAGAAGCUUAAUUAGAGUUCAAGGGCACAUCCCAGACAAGCAAAACCACCUUAGGGGGUGCAAAGGAGGGUGAAUGAGUGAGGGGGGAGAAUCCUGAGGGCCACAUUUGCUCUCCCCCCCGGUCUGAGGUUGCCCAGCCUCACUCUGCAUGUUUCAGAACGUAUCCUUCCUCAGAAGCGCAUUUUUAGCAGCAAUCCGGGAGGAUAGCAGUGACCGCUAGCCAUGAUGGUGAUUUGCUACAAGUAUUGCAGGCGGUAUGUCCAUGAUACUGUUUGCUGGGAAUUGCAAAUGAAAAGAGUGGCUGUUGUGCUCAUGUCCUUCUCGUGGGCUUCCUGCGGGCAUUAGGUUGGCCACUGCGGAUGCUGGACUAGGUGGGUCUGUGCCCUAGGGCGCCCUCUAACUUGGCCUGGAUCAAGCCAUGCCAUCACCCAUUACAUCUCAGCCUCUGGGUGAGGGAAUCACUAACAUCUGCCUUUCCACCCAACAGCUGCCAGACAACGCCGGAAUGCAGGGAUUCUUGGUGGGAUCUCUGUCAUUGUGGCCAUCCUCAGCAUGUGUCUUUAUUUCAGCUGGUAGGUGGCUCCAUUUUGGCUUCUUUUGUGUACCUAGGUGGGGAUCGAAGAAGGAUGGGAACGUGCAGAAAAGGAAAUGCACAUAAAAACCUGUGAUUUUAAAAAAUGCUACUGCUUUACCCAGCCCACCUUUAGCAUACUCAGGAAUCAAAUGUUCUGCAUCCCUUUUGCAGAAAAUGUUAUACUUUGUGCCUUCAAAACCUGGUCAUUGCAUUUGCUCACAGUGCGUUAGGACAGCCGUUUGUGAAUUCUCUGCGUGGAUUUUUUAAAAUCCUAAACACUCAAUCACAGAACUGUGGAGGUGGAACAGGACCCCAAGGGUACUAUUUAGUCCAGCCCCCUGAAGUUCAGGAAGCUCAGCUUAAGCAUCCAUGACAGAUGGCCUUCCAACCUCUGCUUAAAAACCUCCAAGGAAGAAGAGUCCACAACUUCUCUUGUGGGUCUGUUCCACUGUCAAACAGCUCUUACCAUCAGAAAGUACUUCCUGGUGUUUAGCAGGAAUCUCCUUUCUCGUGAUUUGAAUCCAUUGGUUCUGGCCCUACCCUCUGGAGCAGGAAAAAACAAGCUUGCUCUGUUCUCCAUGUGACAACCCUUUAGAUGUUUCGCUAAAAGCCCAGCCAGCUUUAGCUGCUUUAUUUUGUUAUGAUUGAUUUGAUCAGCGAGGGAACUUUGGUGCUUGUAUGUGGGAUCAAGAUGGCAAAGCAUUGGUGUGAAAAGUGUGAGUCUUUAGCCUUAUUACCAUUGUAUUUGGGGAAUGGAGCAUUGGGGGGUUGGAGUGCCUACGGCUCCUUUUGAAAUAUCAUGCUUCUGCCUUUUUUACGAGAGUGAAAGUUCUCAAGGGUUAAUGCCUGAUUGAGAACAGUUUUUUAAAAAAUGCUUUUCUCAUGGUAGUGAUAUUACGGGGUGGCUGCGGGGGUGAGAUCUGUUCCAACCGCUCCUGAGAUCUUGUUUUCAAAUGUAUGGCACUUACUAUUUUUAUUUGGGUAAGAUCUCAGGCUCCCCCCCCCCCAAGCCUGUGGUUUUGUUAAAAGUGAAAAUAUCGUUCUUUGUGUUUUGCUAGAAUUGUACUGUGGCCUGCUUUCCAAGGCGAGGGUGAAAAAUUAUAAAGCACUUCCGCAAAUUUAAAAUGCUAUUACAAAAAGUUGGAAGCUGCAGAGAUGGUUCAGAUGAGAACGCAGUGGGCGCAGCCUGUGUAUCGUAAAAGAGCAUGGAUUACUCUCUCCCUCCACGACUCUAGCAGACACCCGCACACUGGAUUUGCUGAGCACAUGCAUGUAAAGUCUAAUGUUUAUAGGCCAGAAGGACCUGGUUGUGUCCCAUGUUUUUUUUAUUUCAUUUUUAGGUUUUGCUUGGUUUUGCAUUAUUUCAAACGCUGCCUUCCCCACCCCUUUCAGAAGGCCCCACCUAGCUGCCCUAAAAGGUCCAGAGUCCGCCAGCCGCCACUAGUCAGAUGUUUCCCCACCCUCAUACUAAAAACUGCCCUUUUCCUGAUAUUGGUUAUGAGUUUGAAAUGUAAGAGGGAAGAUAAGAAAUGCAUACUGAGAGAUUAGAUUGGAAAAUUUUCAGACAGGAUUGAUGGAAGUCAAAAAUUUGAAUAAGAUGUAAAAGUAUGUUUAAUUACAGUUGAAAAUGAUAUGUUAAAAAAAAACUAAUAAAAAAUUAUAUUAAAAAAACCUGUCCUUUUCCACAAUAAUAUGGGAGUUCCAUAGUACUUCUAGUCUAAGCCCAUAGGAGGUCCAGCUCCCUUUAAGAGAAAGAAACCCAGAAAACUGGAUCUGCCAAACCUCAUCUCACCUUCCCAAUCACCAAUGACUUCACCUUUUCAUUCUUGGGGCCCACCUCCAAUACCCACCUGUAACAAAGUACCUAAUUAUUAUUAUUUUACAUGACAGGGGGUGCCUCUUCCCGCUUGCUCUAUUUGCCACUACCCCUUGCCUUGCCUCAGUUUCCAUCCUAUAGUGUUUCCCUUUUUACAACCACAUCUCCCCUCGCCAUGCCUGUUUCCUCCUCGAGACCACCAUUUGUUGUCUCUUCCUCAGCUUCUGAACCCACAAAAAGGCAAGAUCUCAAACAAUAUUGCAGCUCCCCACCAGAUAAACGACACACCUCCCCACACCCCACCGUCUUGCUCACCAAAAGGGCAACAUCUCUUUUCUUCCUCCCUCCCUCCCUCUUUUCUUUUAUUCUUUUCUCUCCCUCUCCUGCCAGAAAAAGCCUCCCUCAGUGUAAGGGAGAAAAGUACGUGUCACCCCCCCCCCCCCCAAGUCAUGGUAGUGAAGCCUCCUCCCCCAUGUGACCCAUUCAGGCUCUGGGGUGAUCCUUUCAGGGGCCAGCUUCCAAGUUGUGCCUCAGUCCGUGUGCCUAUGGUACAAAGGUGAGCAUCUCACCUGUUUCUCUGCGAAAUUUUGCCACUGCUCCCCCCGCUGGCCUGCAGCCACCAGAAGGCUGCCCCAUAAUGGAAUGUGGCCCCCAGGCUUUUAAAGGCCUGUUUGCCCCUCCCCAUUUGGGCUUAGCUGUAUACAACUGAUGAUAAUUUGUUCUAAACUAGUAAAGAACCAGCAAACCAGAAAUGAGUGAAGAUUUGUAGUGAGGACGUACCCUUUUUCCUCCUUCUCUUCACCAUCUUUUGUGAUUUCUCUCUAGAAAAGCAGAUCCCUUAACUCUACCGGUGCAGCCUUCCUCGGGUUAGGCCGAGACCCUCUUGACUCACCAGUAACACUACUCCACACGGGUUCCUGGCAUGCUUAGGAACACAACUGUUGUUAAAGUAGCUACCUUUUUUCCUGCGAAAGGUCCUGGGCCUUGUCCAUGACCCAGUGUGGCAGUGGGAUUAGCAGAGCUGUCAGAAACAUGAUAGAAAUAUACCACCAGUGGACUCAUAUUUUAGCCAAAGUUAUUAGAAAGGCUCACUGUCAGAAAGAACUAGGGUACAUGCAGAAGUACGUGAUUUCAGGGAGCAGCCUGCUGUGGAAGAGCAGAUCCGUAUCUCAGUCGUGAAGCAUCAUCAUCUCUCAUUCACCCCUUUGUGGGCCUGUGCUGAUUGCAGGCCUGUGCCGAUUGCCAAGUCAAAAGCCACCUCCCUCAUCCCAUUAGAGCUGUUUUCAAAGGGUAAAAACACUGUGAGAAGAACCGAUAGAUAAUGAAGCAGUCCCCAAACACUCCUCUCCCUGAGAUCAAGAAUCUCAUGCUCCAGAUAAGGGGGGGGAGAAGCAGCCAACUUGAAUAAUAGAAGCCAGGUGUAUUUAUCAGUAGAGGAGGGAAUGUUGUGGCAGAGGGGUAGGGGAAGCAGAGCUCACCCCAUAGAAAACCCUACAUGCAUGCAUCCACUCCUGCAUGCCAUAGGAAAUCCGCCUCUCCCUCCCCAUGUUCUGAUGUGCUUCUCUCCCACACAGGAAGUUUAAGGAGUUCCAAGUAAAGGAAAGAGAGCUGGAGAGGCCGCGGAGCGAGGGCGAAAUGGCCGAUUAUCUGGUUAAGCUCCUGGACGAAGAAAGUGAAGUGGACGACGCCCUAGAUCACAGGAACCCCUGGAUGCAAGGAAAUUAUGUGGAACAGCCGCGCUGGAGCACAGAAGCGAGGAUGGGAAGUAUGGAGGAGCCACCGUGGAGUGCAGAAAUCACCCCGGAACCGAGCCCAGGGCCAAUGCAGCCAGCGGAAACUCUGGCGCUGCCCCCGGCGGCGCCCCCAGAACCCCCGCCAGCACCGCCUCCAGCACCUCCGCCAGCGCCAGCCGGGGAACCUCCACCCCCGGCCCCUCCACCACCUCCGCCACCUGGGGCACCAGCCCCAGCGGCAUCUGGGGAACCACCCCCAGCUCCUCCACCACCACCACCACCUCCGCCACCUGGGGAACCAGCCCCGGCGCCAUCUGGGGAACCACCCCCAGCACCUCCACCUCCGCCACCACCUCCGCCACCUGGGGAACCACCCCCGGGACCACCCCCACCAGCUCCUCCACCAGCAUAACCACCCCAUAUAGCACAUAUAUAUUUAUUAUCAAUAAAAGAGUUUAGUUUCCCCA